AUUUAUGAGAGAAUUGGUUAAGCCCAAGCCCAGAAAAGUCCGAAAAUGCUCGGCGCCAAAUCCAAUUUCUCAGUUUGAAUAGAGAAAUCCCCAAAUACCGGCAAGAUCAAUUCGCUGCUCUGGCGGACUGCGAUCUCAGCUAUGGCGACGACGAUCUUCAUCGCUCUCCAAUGUUGCCAAUGCGCCACAAUGCAGGUGAAGCAGCAGAAGAAGAGCAGCAGCAAGUGGACGUGCGUCGUCUGCAACCAGAAGCAGUCCGUAAGGAAGGUCUUCGCUCAGGGCUUCAUGGCCAAGGACGUCCGCAAGUUCGUCCAGUCCUUCAACAUGUCGCGCCUGUCCUCCGAUCUCGAAGCCCUAGAUCCACCGCUCGAAGGAGGAGGAGGAGGAGGAGGAGGAGCGGUCCACGAUCGUGCGGGCAGUGGUGACUGGAAGAAGCUGAAGAGAAGCGAUUGGGGCGAGUAUCUCGAUGUCGAGCAAGAAAUGCGCGCCGAAGAAGAAGAAGAGGAUGAUGGGGGGAUGAAGAUUGUGACGGAAAUUCCGAAAGAAAUUCUCAAGAAGCCCAAACUGAACGUCUCCUCUUGUCAAUCGCCUGGUUCAAAGGGCGGCAAGCUCUUUACACCAUCGUUCACCAAGAGAAAUGUCAGAAAACAGACUACUUUUCCAGAUGAAGAACCGAAGAAGAACCAAAAUGUGUUAGCUUUCAGGACUUCCGGUCGGACGAAUUCCAAAGGAGUAAAGGACAUCGACCCAGUGAUCAGUCAAUCAACUGCAGUCACAAGGAGUACCACCAAAUGGAGCAAUUACAUGUCACAAGAUGAAGAUACCUUGCAGGUAGGCAUGUAUAAAGAUGACGUGGAUCGAUUUAGUAAUGGUGUCUUGGAAUCUAAAACAAAUGAUCAGAAGGUAGAGGACGAUAUUCACCCAGAUUUUAUGUGAUGCUUCAUUCUGCAAGCCUGAUAAUUUCCCUCAGGCAUUCUAACCAGCCAACCAUACAUCAACCUUAGUAAAUCAGUGUCUUUUUUU